AUGGAUUGGGAGGAGCAGCUGUGGACACACACGUCCAUGGUCAUGGUGGGCACAUCCAACCACAGCGACACUGUCAGGCGCAGAUCUCGGCCGUCAUCAUCAUCACCAUCACCACCAUCGACCGCACAGCCGCCAUCACACGCCGGCUCACACCAGCCCCAAUCUGGCGUGAGGCAGACAUUGCACAUGUCAGUCGCUCUGAUGAAGAGCGUUGAGGAGGCGCAUGAAGCGGUGGAACCAACGACGAUGGCGAUGACGAGUGAUGAAGCAGUACCUGAUGUGGCUGCAUUGUGGAUGAACGGGCCCUCUGCCUCUGGGCCAUCUCCUCCUCCUCGUCCUCGUCGUCGUUGGUCCCCAACAGCAGCGGCUGCGGCUAUGGAUAUGGAGCCUUCCCCAUGUGAUGUGGAGCUGUUGAGGCGUGAUCGAGACAGCCGCCAACACAGCGGUGACGAUAGUGGCCGUGGCGUGUGA